AUAUUGGCAUGGACACAAAAUCCUGUGUGGUUUUACUGGUUUAAUAAGUUGAUAAGGGUAUUUGAUCAGAUGUCAUUGGCUGCUAUUACCCUGUUUUCCCUUCUAUCUCAGCUUGUACUACUCAUCACAUGCACAGCUGAUGAGCAAAAGGGGCAUUUGUGCCCAUCUUCCUUUCAGUGUGGAACACAUGGUUCCUUCAGUUACCCCUUCACCACGGCCUUCUACCCGGACUGUGGGAUUUUGGUGAUCAAUUGUACGGAUUCAUAUCAGACGAUUGGUUUAUCACCCAAUGGACCUUGGUAUGGAUUUGUGAAUACCUUUCCCACUAAAACAAGUGUCCUUGCAACUGACUACUUGCAACAGACUUCUUACACAUGCAUUCAGUUCGAAGGCGAGCCCAUUAGCCUUCCGAAAUCCAGUACUUUCGUCUUCACAAUCUUAACUAAUGAAACAUUCUGGAAGUGUAGAAGGAACUUCAGUAUGAGUGGCACGGGCAGACAGAGCAGUCGUGUACUUGUCUGUCAAGAUUACAUCAUUUAUAAAAGUUAUGGUUACUCAGAUGAUGGCAACGAAUUUUCUAGCUGCGAUGAUUUUCAGUAUCCGGAAUAUCUGAUGCUAGAAUUGUCUGACAAAUGUUCACAGUGUAUUAGCGAAGGAGGUCAAUGUCAGGAACUCAAGAAUGAUAAUUCUCAGUGUAUCAGAAAGCGAAAAGGAAAGAGGUUGCAACUUAUUCUGGGAUUAGUUGCAACAGCUUCUUCAUUAGGGGUUAUUUUGAUUGUUUCUAUCAUUAUGUGCGCAAAAAGAAGGCGAGCAUCAAAAGGAUUUAAGAUUUUGGGGAAUAAAACAACCACAAGGAACCGAAAUGUAGAAGCCUUUCUGAAAAGCUAUGGAUCUCUUGCUCCAAAGAGAUAUACAUAUUCAGAAAUCACAAAAAUGACCAAUAACUUUGAAGUGAAACUUGGGGAAGGAGGCUAUGGUGCUGUUUUCAAAGGAAGACUACAUGAUGGACAUGAUGGCCGCUUUGUGGCUGUAAAAAACUUGAAGAGUUUGAGAGGUGAUGGAGAAGAAUUCAUCAAUGAGGUUGUAAGCAUUGGUAGAACUAAUCAUGUUAAUGUAGUCACCCUCUUAGGUUUCUGUUUUGAAGGAGAUAAACGUGCUCUUGUGUACGAGUUUUUGCCAAAUGGGUCUCUUGAAAAGUUCAUAUAUGAUGCAGCAAGUUGCCAGUCUUUGCCAUCAAAAACUUUGUAUAGUAUUUUAGUUGGCAUUGCUAAGGGGCUUGACUACUUGCAUCGAGGCUGCAAUGCACGGAUUUUACACUUUGAUAUCAAACCUCAUAAUAUUCUUCUUGAUGAAGAAUUCUGUCCUAAGAUUUCAGACUUUGGCUUGGCUAGACUGUGUCCUGCAAAGGAUAGUUUGGUGUCCAUGUCGGAAGCAAGAGGGACAAUUGGUUAUAUUGCUCCAGAAGUGUUCUGUAGAAAUAAUUUUGGUGGCGUUUCUAAUAAAUCAGACGUUUAUAGUUAUGGAAUGAUGAUCCUAGACUUGGUAUGUGGACGAAGGAAUGUAAUUGCUGAAGCUCAACAGGGCAGUGAAAUGUAUUUUCCUGAAUGGAUAUACCGUCAAUUGGACCUUGAGGUACAUGGGAUCAUGAAUGGGGAAGAGAAAGAGUUAAAAAGAAAGAUGAUUUUGGUGGGAUUAUGGUGCAUACAAUCAUACCCCUCAAAUCGACCACCUAUGGACAAAGUUAUAGAAAUGCUAGAAGGUUCGCUUGAAUCAAUACAAGUUCCUCCUAUGCCACACCUAUCUUCAAUUCCAAAUUCCGUGAUCAAUUCUACUUUCAGCACUACGUAUUAGAUUCCUUAUGCAUAGAAAAAUAUUAUGAUUUGUCUAAUUUUGAUAUUACAAGCUUGUUGGUGUUAAUACUGGCCACCAAUUUUAGCACAAAUCCAUUUCUGUUGUUUUGUGAUAAAUCAUAAUUCUGAAACCAUUAUGUGUUGAAAUGAACAGAACAGUUUAUUGCUUCAUGUUUUUCACUGGCUAUC